AUGCAUUACGCUAGCGAGCAAUAUGUUUUUAAGCGCAGUAACGGUGGGCGUGGUCACGAAAAACACACAAACCUACAACGUAAUGCAAAAUUAUCACAUUUUUCCAGCUCAGGAAACACACAUAUACUCGAGAAGCCUCAAAAUAACCAGAACACAGGUUUCUUUCGGACCCCAGCACAGAGGGUGCUAAAAAGAAAUAGAUCAAUGCCCAAAAAGACACCGGGUUUAACUGACAACACUCCAGCUCAAGAGCGUCGGUUGUCUCCGGUUGGCUCUAUGAACUUCCUGGCUGGUUUUGCUGGGAAAAAACGUGUGCUGGCCAUAUGAGCCCCCAACGACUCCGAUGGGUAUUACAGGUUCACGUUGACCCUGCUAAAGCCUGAGGUGUACUGUAAGAUGGCAGAGAGACACAUGCAGCAGAUUGUACUUUUUCCCGAAAAGGGGGAACGGGGAGGCAAGGUGAAACAUGAAAGCAAUCAGGGAUCAGUGGUGGAGGAUUCGCUGGAUCCAUCCCAGGUGCCCCGGCUCAUGGCCUUUCUAAAACUACAGGAAGGUAAGUUUGAGAUGGUGCUACUAAGGAAGACACUGCAGGUUGAAGAAAGAUACCCAUACCCUGUAUAGCUUGAGGUGAUCUAUGAAGUUAUAGACCAAGCGCCUGUGCGUAGAUUGGAAAAGGCAAGGGAAAAUGGAUUUGUGCAGAAGUGCAAGGCUGCCGGUGUUGAGGGGCAGAUGGCAUCUUCUGGCUCAAAUACAGGUGGUUUGCAGACCCGUAUGGACACAGCGGAAAAUAUCGGAAAACAAAAUAAGGUGAGAACAGUCUCUUAACCCACAGAGGUAGCACAGGCACAAAUGCCAACCACCAUCGCCACCACUACAAUAACUACAACAACAAAAUACGCAAGCACGACUUUCUUGAAAACUACAACCACAAACCCAACUACUACAACAUACGCUACAACUGCCUUCCCUUCACCACCUGCUGCUUUGACCACAAAUGUACCAACCACAGUGAGGCAAACAGAUCCAACCCACCAGCGCUUACCACAAAACCAGCAGAGCACAACAACUCAUCCUCCUAUUACCUCAGACUUCUACACACAACACACAGAAAACACAUUUACCGCCUCACCAACCCAAGCACACAAACAGAGACCCGAGAACAAACAGGCCGUGGUUAAAAAAGGAUAGCAAAAGCUUAGUCAGCACGAACAAGAACAUGACACACACAGACCCACUGCUACAAAACCAGAGAAAGAUCUCAAGACCGCACAAAAGGGAAAAACGAAUGCCGAUGAUGCUGACAGGAAAAAGAAGGUCGGUAAAUAUGAAAAGCCACCGAAAAAGAUGCCUGCAGGGAAAAAGGGGCCGAAAGUUGCAAAAGAGAAGAAUGUCGGUCUUCACAGUAAGAAGGCUGGAAUUAAAACAAAUUAUAAUGAAGAGCGGGCUGGUUUGGGGCAGCCAAGUGACCAGAAAUCGCUCGAAACCUUUCUGGGUUACUUUGAAAAGAGACGGCGCCUCAUAAUUAUCACUGCUCCAGAUAAACAGAAUCAUAUGUACAGUGAGCAGAGAGAUGAAAACCUGGAGCAGGUGUGUAAUGUGGCCCUACGCAAAAUAUCCAUCAUCACCAUCUUUGGGCCUCUCACGAACAGCACCAUAAAGAUCGAUCAAUAUCAGACAGAACAGGAUAAGCCCUUGCGUGGCCAGCCAGCCAGGGAUCUUAUCAACCAGGAGCUUGUCAUAGUGUUUUGGAAGAAGUUCGGGAUUACUCAGGAUGAUUUUAACAUGGCGGUGACAGAUUUUGACAUGAAAGUCAAGCAACGACACGAAGUCCCGAUUUUCAUGAAAGCAGUGUUUGACUACAUCAACUAGUUUGACUAGUUUUCAACUCGUAUUAAGGAAAUUGAACAGCAGAGGAAUUUCAGUGCUAUUUGCAAUACGGAAGAUAAAUCAAGACCUCAAAAUUAAUAUGCUCAUCUGCAUGCAUUUCUGUGUGUUUUAAGAUUCCGUUGGAGGCGGAUACUGUUUAUAAUGUCCUCCCCUAGUGAUGAAGAAUGGGCCUUUCAGCAACAACUCUACACUAUUAACAGCCAAGCCUGCAAUUUGGCGCUGCGUCAUUUAUCUGUACUUAAGCUUGUCGGAAGAACCCUGGAUGACAUAAGUGGAGUCCUGGAGCUCUACCCUAUAAAUGGAAGUGCAUCAGUUGACCGCAAGGAGCUGUCUGCCAGCCUGGUGCAGGACAUCAGAAAUUACCUCCAGAUCAGUCAAGACUAUUUCUCCAUGCUACUUGUUGGGAAAGAUGGCAACGUGUGGUCUAUGUCAAUCAUUUAGGCCAUCCAGCUGUCUCUCAGCAUGCGUUGCCCUGAUGAUGAUAGUCACCAGGAUGGUUACCAUGAGGGCUAUCAUCAGGAAUACGGUUAUUAA